UCUUACUGAAGUCUAUCCCGUUUCCCGCAAUCUCUCUCCCCGCCACUGGUGCUUUUGUCACUCUCUCUGCAAAUCAUCUGUUCGAAUUAUCCAUUUUCAAAUGCAUAAUGCUCCUUUCAGUCUCACUGCUUCCCAAUUCAUCAUCGUCAUUCGCCACCGUAGCAUUCGCUUUCCCAAAAGUUCACGGCGUUUUCAGGCAGUCCAUUCGAUUUAAGGUCCAUGGCUUCCUGAACAAACCACUGGAAUCGAGCUCUGGACCGGCCUCCAAUCAACCAUCGGUAAUUCUAGACAGUCUCAGGGUCCUCGAAUGGGACAAAUUAUGCGAUUCCGUCGCUGCCUUCGCCGGUACUUCCUUAGGCAAAGAAGCUCUCAAGGAACAACUAGGUUAUUUGAAUCAAACAUUUGAAGAGAGUCUCGGACUCUUAGAGGAAACCAAUGCGGCUGUGGAGAUGAAUAAGUACGGUGCCAUGGUGGAUUUUAAUGGCAUUGAUAUUGAGCUGGUUAAAACUGCCAUACGGGUUGCACGCCGAGGUUUUCCUGUCAGUGGGAUUGAAGCAUUGAAUGUUGUAGCACUAUUGCAGUUUGUGGAAAUGCUGCAGGCAAAUGUCAAAGCUGCAGUCAAGCAAGAUGCCGAAUGGUAUCAGCGCUUUAUGCCUCUCACAGAAAUGAUUAUGGAACUAACCAUAAGCAGAUCACUAGUAAGGUUCAUACAACAACUAGUUGAUGAAGAUGGCUCUGUCAAGGAUUCUGCGAGCUCUGCCUUGAAACAAUCUCGUGAUCAAGUUCGCCUUCUUGAAAGAAAGUUAUACCAGUUGAUGGAAAGCAUAAUCAGGAACGGCAUGGAAGAAGCAUCUGCUAUGGAAGUGAGUGAAAUUGAUGGCAGAUGGUGCAUUAGAUCAGGAUUUAAUCAGCGAACGAGCUUUGAGGGGCUACUGUUAUCCAGUGCUUCAGGUACUGGAAGUGUUGUCGAACCUCUCUCAGCAGUUCCAUUGAAUGAUGCACUCCAGCAAGCUAAGGCAUCUGUGUCAAAGGCUGAGGCUGAUGUGCUCCUGAAGAUAACACAGAAGAUGCAAGAAGAAAUUGAUUACAUUGAAAGCAUUUUCAGCAUGAUGGUUAGGCUGGAUGUGAUCAACGCUAGAGCACGAUACAGUCUUGCAUUUGGAGGUGCUUGUCCAGAUUUAUUUUUGCAACAAGAACAGGAUAGCUUUGUAGCUACUGAUGCUUCAUUAGACGCAAGAACCUCAGUGGCAUUGCAUCCUACACGGAAGAAAUGGACAGUGUAUCUGCCAAAAGCUUAUCAUCCUUUAUUACUUCAAAAGCAUCAGCAGGCUCUACAGAAGGCCAUGAAAGAUGUCAAGAAUGCCAAUGCGGAAAUUAGGAGGAGGAAGCAGCAGGGAGGAAAUAUUACUUUGAGAAAAGAAACCAAUGUGAAUUUACAGUCCUUGGAAGCAAAGGUUGCUAAGUUGAAAGAGGAACCACCUGUUCCUGUUGACAUAUAUGUUGCUCACAACACUCGAGUUUUGGUUAUAACUGGCCCCAAUACUGGGGGUAAAACCCUUUGCUUGAAGACUGUGGGUUUGGCUGCUUUGAUGGCAAAAUCCGGUCUUUAUGUGUUAGCAUCAGAAUCAGUGAAGAUCCCUUGGUUUGAUUUUGUAUUUGCUGAUAUUGGUGAUGAACAAUCCUUAUCCCAAUCACUGUCUACCUUCUCGGGGCAUCUGAAACAAAUUAGUAAAAUCCGGUCUCACUCAACAGACAUGUCACUUGUGCUAUUAGACGAAGUAGGGGCAGGGACAAAUCCUCUAGAAGGAGCUGCACUUGGGAUGUCAUUACUGGAAUCUUUUGCACAAUCUGGAACUUUGUUGACUAUAGCUACAACACAUCAUGGAGAACUUAAAACCCUUAAAUACAGCAAUCAUGCAUUUGAAAAUGCAUGUAUGGAGUUCGAUGAAAUGAAGUUGAAACCAACUUAUAGGAUUCUUUGGGGAAUACCAGGGAGGUCAAAUGCAAUCAAUAUAGCCGAAAGGCUCGGGAUGCCUGAUGUCAUUGUGCACAAGGCUCGUGAACUUUAUGGAGCUGCUAGUGCAGAAAUCAAUGAGGUUAUACUUGACAUGGAGAGAUUUAAGCAGAACUUUCAUGAGCAAGUUCGUGAGUCACAAUGUCUUCUUAAGCUCACUAAAGGCCUCCAUCACAAGUUGCUUAUUGCCAGAAAAAAUGUGAAAGAGCACAGCAUUAAUCAAAGAUUCAGAAAGGAACAGGAAAUAGCUGAAGCAGCUGCAGUAGCACGAUCUUCCAUUCAAAGGAGAGCACGACAAUUUCGUGCAAUUUCUAGUCAACCAUCCCAGAAAAUAUUGGGAAGUAAUGGACACACAUCAUCUAUGAAGAGUGAAGCUAAAGAGGAAAAAAGUGAAAUUUCAGAAGCAACUCCUGCUGUGUACUCCCCCCGUACAUCCAGGCUGCCUGUUUCAGCCAAGAGGAGGAAACUUCCCAAUGUUGGUGAUUCAGUCCAUGUUCCUUCGCUUAACAAGCAAGCUUUAGUCCUGAAAGUCGAUCCUUCUAGAGAAGAGCUUUUAGUCCAAGCUGGUAACAUGAAGCUUAAGCUUAAAUUAACAGAUGUAUUGGCCUGAAAGGUGCCCGCACCAGGUAGGUUUUUCAUAUCUCCAUCCUGCAGUGAGAAGUGUCCUUGGGAGUCUGGGACUGGCAUUUGAAACCGCCUCCCGCCACCUGCAAAUGGUAUGACGGGACAGUUAAACUUGCUAAACGUGAAGUAAGAAUGGUCGAUAGUUAUAUUUCCUUACUAUCACGUUUAAUAAUAAAUAAGUGCAAUGAGCUCGGGAUAUAUCGUAUAGCCUGAGCAUAUAUCCAGUUACCGGGAUGCAUCUCAUGCUAUUUGACUAGGUACUCUCACAACUGAGAUCUAGCAUGCCCAUAAGGAAUUGUACUCGGUUUUCAGCUGCACCACUUUCACGGUGUUAUGGCUUUUUAAGAGGAUGCCUCGAAGAGAAGGUUCCAUCAGAAAAUAUGCCCAAUGUUGGCAAGCUAGCAAUAAUUUUCAGUUAAGUGCAUGGGGUCAUAUGCAAUGCAGUGUAUCAGGCCAAAUACGACAUCUCUUUGAGCUCCGGGCUAUACUAAAGUUAUGGGGAACUUUUGAUUGCUCCUCGUUCAGGUGUACUUGUAUUUAUUUGAGCUUGCUGGAUUUGAUUAAAGUCAACUACUAGAUUCUGGAUGACAUCAAUUUAUUUGAAUUAGGUUGACUAGUUGCCUUGAUUGGAGUGUACUUAUUA